UCAGCAGGCUGCUGGAUCUCCACCUCCACAGACCAGCGUGUGAGCUCGUGGCUUGGUGAAGUCGCUCCGGUUGCCAGCAGUGACUGAGAGGGAGACGAGAAGAGGGACAGGGGCUUCCCCUGCCGCAGCUCUCGGCGACGCUCGUAUCGACACAGUGUGAUCAUUCUGACUGCUGAGGGACAGAGGGCACCGCAGACAGACAGACACAGACAGUCACCAUGAUGAGAGUUCCACAGCUGCUUCUGCUGGCCCUGGCUGUGCACCUUUCUUCCACAGCUCCCAGAUUUAUCAGGGAAGCCCCAGAGGUUGCAAUACCAGAAGAGUUUGCACAUGUUGCACCAGAGGAAGUGGUUGAUGCUGAGAAACCUGCCCCAAAGGAAGUGUAUUCCGAAGAACCUGUUCCUGUUGCACCCGAGGAACCUGCUGCAGUAGAACCUGUUGUAGUAGAACCUGUUCCUGUUAUACCUGAGGAACCUGCUGCAGAAGAACCUGCUGCAGUAGAACCUGCUCCUGUAAUACCUGAGGAACCAGCUCCAGAGGAACCUGCUGCAGUAGAACCUGCUCCUGUUAUACCUGAGGAACCAGCUCCAGAGGAACCUGCUCCAGAAGGACCUGCUGCAGUACAAACUGCUCCUGUUGCAGCAGAGGAAACAGCUCCAGAGGAACCAGCUCCAGAAGAACCUGCUGCAGAAGAACCUGCUGCAGUAGAACCUGCUCCUGUAAUACCCAAGGAACCAGCUCCAGAGGAACCUGCUCCAGAAGAACCUGCUGCAGUAGAACCUGCUCCUGUUGCAGCAGAGGAACCAGCUCCAGAGGAACCAGCUCCAGAGGAACCUGCUGCAGAAGAACCUGCUGCAGUAGAACCUGCUCUUGGUAUACCCGAGGAACCAGCUCCAGAGGUACUAGCUCCAGAAGAACCUGCUGCAGUAGAACCUGCUCCAGAAGAACCUUCUGCAGUAGAACCUGUUCCUGUUGCACCUGAGGAACCAGCUCCAGAGGAACCUGCUGCAGAAGAACCUGCUGCAGUAGAACCUGCUCCUGUAAUACCUGAGAAACCAGCUCCAGAGGAACCUGCUGCAAAAGAACCUGCUGCAGUAGAACCCGUUCCUGUUUUACCUGAGGAACCAGCUCCAGAGGUACCAUCUCCAGAAGAACCUGCUCCAGAAGAACCUGCUGACGUAGAACCUGUUCCUGUUGCACCUGAGGAACCAGCUCCAGAGGAACCUGCUGCAGUAGAACCUGUUCCUGUUGCACCUGAGGAACCAGCUCCAGAAGAACCAGCUCCAGUAGAACCUGCUGCAGUAGAACCUGCUCCCGUUAUACCUGAGGAACCAGCUCCAGAAGAACCUGCUCCAGUAGAACCUGCUGCAGUAGAACCCGUUCCUGUUGCACCUGAGGAACCAGCUCCAGAGGAACCUGCUGCAGUAGAACCUGUUCCUGUUGCACCUGAGGAACCAGCUCCAGAAGAACCAGCUCCAGUAGUACCUGCUGCAGUAGAACCUGCUCCCGUUAUACCUGAGGAACCAGCUCCAGAAGAACCUGCUCCAGUAGAACCUGCUGCAGUAGAACCCGUUCCUGUUGCACCUGAGGAACCAGCUCCAGAGGAACCUGCUGCAGUAGAACCUGUUCCUGUUGCACCUGAGGAACCAGCUCCAGAAAAACCUGCUCCAGUAGAACCUGCUGCAGUAGAACCUGCUCCUGUUAUACCUGAGGAGCCAGCUCCAGAAGAACCUGCUCCAGUAGAACCUGCACCAGAAGAACCUGCUGCAGUAGAACCUGUUCCUGUUGCACCUGAGGAACCAGCUCCAGAGGAACCUGAUCCAGAAGAACCUGCACCAGAAGAACCUGCUGCAGUAGAACCUGCUCCUGUUAUACCUGAGGAACCAGCUCCAGAGGAAUCUGCUCCAGAAGAACCUGCACCAGAAGAACCUGCUGCAGUAGAACCUGUUCCUGUUGCACCUGAGGAACCAGCUCCAGAGGAACCAGGUUCUGAAGAACCUGAUGCAGUGGAACCUGAUACUAUUAUACCUGAGGAAGAAGAACAUUCUUCAGAGGAAGUUGUUCCAGAGGAACCAGCUCCAGAGGAACUUGUUCCAAUUGUCCCUGUUGACAUGGUUACUGAGGCCCCAACUGAGCUUACAAUUCCAGACGUUCCUGAGCCAGAAGAGGAGGAGCCUGAGGUCCCAACAGAGACCCCAGUCGAACCUGAGGUCCCAACAGACACCCCAGUCGAACCUGAGGUCCCAACAGAGACUCCAGUCGAACCUGAGGCUCCAGAUUGUCACUGCCCCGAGGUGGAGGCCGCCCCUCCUGCCCCAGCAGCUCCUGCUGCCACAAAGGCUACAGAAAAGGUCACAGAGGGUAUGGGAGCCACAGCCAUACUGAUGGAACAGGAAUCUACCGGUGUGAGCAGAGGACUGGUGCUAGGCGCAGCAUUUCUCUCGCUGUUGUCUCUCAUCGCUGUUGGAUCAGUAGGCAGUGCUGUGUCCAGGAAGAUGCGUUGAAAUCGGUUGUUGAAGUAACUAACAUUUGGCCAAUGGAAAGACUGUCUGGAUAUGCUGGAAUCUAAAGCAGUAUCAACUUCACUGGACUGAACUUUUUAAAAGUCAACUGGAAGCACAAACUCCCACACUCCAGAUAUUAGAUCCAAGAUUUUGAACUGCCAAGAAAGGGGUAAUUUCCCAAACACCCACCCCAAGGGUGGAAAAUGAAUGUAUAUAAAUAGGUGAAAUAGGUGUCCUGACCCAAUACCAGUUUAAGAACUAAAUGUGACGCUAAGGCCCAAGGAACUAGUUAUAAGACAGUGACCACCCACUGUCAGUGUGUGUGUAUCGCUAUUUAUAAACUGGAAUGGAAUUAAAUAUAUCUAAGGUGGGGAAUAUGUUUUCUUUGCAUUUGGGGUGGCAUGAAUAUUGUAAAUAUUCAUAUAAAAGUGUAAUCUAUGUUUUUUUACGUGAUUAUUAUACUCAAUAUUGAACUUGAAUACAGCAGAUCUAAUUAUGUCUCACGCAAAUAUUAAACACAAACAAAAGGUCAA